UGGAGGCUACAGAGUUAUUGGUAGAUUUGCGAUUUUUCUGCUAAUUUUUGCCAGUGGCUGAAAUGUAGGUAGCUUGGUAAAAUCUGUAUAAAAGGCCUUUGUGAUUCCAGAGAUUAUUCAGUUUGAGUCUUACACUUGCAUCAGCCGUUCAGCUUGAAAAUAUCAAAACUCUUAGUCUUCCUCACUACUCUCAACGACAGGAACUAACGAACUAAGAAUUCCAAUACGAAAAUGUACACUAAAAACUUGUUUACCCACGUCUUCUUGCUGUACGCCAUCGGCUUCAUUGUCAUCAGCGCUAGUGAGGGGAAUGUCGAGCUAAAAACCUUAACACCGGAGAAGUCUUUGAAUCGACGUAGUAUCACUGGAUUUGGCAGCGAGUCGGGACACACAGUUGCUAUCAGCCCUAAUCCUUGGUUGGGUGGUGGCGGCAAUGAUGGACAUUUCAGCGGCGGUUUUGGUGCACUAGCUGUUAGUGGCUGGAAUCCAUGGAAGAGCUUUGCUGCCAGCCACGGCUCGGCGCCUUCUCCCAGCGAAGUGGCUAAUGCGAUUGCCUCCGCAAAACAAGCUUCGGCCAAUGUACUAAUUGCCCAACAACAAAUGCAGGCCGCUAAAGAGAAUGUACUCAAUCAGCAACGUAUGGCUAUGGAGAAGGAAACGGCUGCCGCUAUCCUUACACAAAAAUCCGAGGCAGCGGCGGCUAUUCAACGCUCCGAAGCUGCAGCUGCCGCACAAGCUGUUGUAUUGGCGCAGCAACGUUUGGCCGCCUCAAAGUCCGCCGUGGCACAUCAACAACGUAUUGCAGCGGCGCGUGAAGCUGAAGCCGCAUCGGCAUUGCAACGAUCGGCUCAUGCAGCUGCGGCUGAGAUACAGAAAACUGAAUAUGAAGCUUCCAAGCUGGGACAGUAUACACGAAAUGGCAAUGCUGGCGCAGCACAUCAUCUCACCUUGACCAAAGAUGUGGCAUUCAGUCCCAUAACGGCAGGUACCAAUCACGUACCCAAUGCACAGUCGUUGGGUCCCUGGUCAGGUAAUGGUGGCAAGGGAUCGGCAGCUGGAUCCGGUGGUUGGCUAUAAAGCGCGCAAUUGAAAUGUUCAUCAUAUCUAACCAUGUUUAUUAGAAUUUAUUCCACUAAUUGUUUAUAAAUAAUUCGUAUAUUAAUUAUUACAAUAAAAACAAACUUUUUGUUAAAAGUA